AUGUCUACUUCUAACAUUCUAACUCCUGACCCUAAUGAUCCAAUUUCUAACAUUUCAACCCACAAUCCUAAUGAUCCUACUUCUAACAUUCCUACUCACAAUCCUAAUGAUUCUGCUUCUAACAUUUUUACUCAUAAUUCUAACAAUAAAACUAAGUGGUGUUCUCACUGCAAAAAAUUUAAAUUAGUUAAUGAAUUUAUAAGAUUUAGUGAAAAUAAUAUUAAAGAGUUUGCUCUAUGCAAUAAUU